AUGGAGAAGAACUCCAAAAUAAGAAAGAAUGCCUUCGCAGAGUUGAUACGGUUUCAUUCAUUGUUAAUAUCAAAAAGAACAGAUUGUGGAAUAGCUGGCAAUAACCCAUAUAUAUUUGCUUGCUCGAAGAAUUCGACUCAAUCCUUAAGGGGGCAUGAUUCUCUUUCGAAGAUGUGCAAACUGGCUGACUUGAGAAAUCCUGAACUGAUUACAGCAACUAAGCUAAGAAAAUAUGUGGCUACCGUAUGUCAGAGCACCGUGGAACUGACCAAAGAUAGUAAUUUGCUGAUGGCGGUUGAUGAAGGAAAAGUGAGCACCUUCGCUGGGAAGUCACUAGCAGAUAUAGACAUAGAUGAUAAAUGA